AUAGUUGUUUCGCAUAUGCUUUAUCAUCAACUUAUCUAAUCAAGAAAAUAGCACUUAUAUAAAUAGCACUCUAAACAUUAUCUUCUCUAUAUAGUAGUUGAUAUCAAAUUGAUGAGCUCACUGCAUUUCCAACCAUACUCCUCUAUACAUUUAUAUAUUAUUAUUAUUCGGUAUUUUUUAUAAUAAUGGAAGAAAAUGUUUUUUGUGAAUGUAAAAGAUGGAAUUACGGUCCACAUUAUAAUAUCAUCAAAGAUAAAUCAAUGGAAAAGUGUCCUUUAUGCUCAAUAACACGUAAUUUAGAUGGAACGAUUAUGCUUCGCAACAAAAACAUUUCUUCAUCCACCAACGAUUUUCUUUACCACUUAGGAUUAGGAACGUCGUCGAAUAAUCUCCAAGAAAUGUUUGGAGAUGUUAAAUUCGUUUGUAUGGGUGGAACUCCACAUCGAAUGGAAGCGUUCGCGAGGCAUUUGAUUAAAAUUUUAGAUAGAAACGACGAAUUGAUCGAUUUAACCGGUUGUGCAAAACGUUAUAGUAUGUUUAAAGUUGGUCCUGUUAUCGCAGUAAACCAUGGAAUGGGGUACUCGUCUUGUACGAUUCUUUUGCACGAAGUAAUCAAGUUGAUGUUUCACGCAAAGUGUAAAGAUCCGAUUUUUAUUAGAUUAGGUACUUCGGGUGGAAUUGGAGUUGAACCUGGAACGGUUGUUGUUAGUAGUGGAGGUGUUGAUGCGAGAUUAAGAGAUUGUUAUGAAAUUCCAAUCGCUGGGAAAUUAUCCCAAAAACUUUGCAGAACCGAUUUUGAUUUGAUCGAAAAUCUUAAAAGCGUUGUAACACCAUCGGAUCAUUUCAAAGUUAUAACUGGAAAAACGAUGGCUGCUACGGAUUUUUAUGAAGAACAAGGACGCUUGGAUGGGGCUUUUUGCGGAAUAACCGAAACUGAAAAGUUAGAUUAUUUAAAAAAAUUAUAUGAGGGUGGAGUUAGAAACAUCGAAAUGGAAUCAGUUCCAUUUUUUGCCUACACCCAUUACGCGGGAAUUAAAGCCGCCGAUGUUUGCGUUACUUUAAUCGAUCGAUUAAAAGGGGAUCAGGUGAUAACUCCAAAAUCAAAACUUUCCGAAUUCGAAAAUUACCCGCAAGAAAUUGUUGGAAGGUUUAUUAAGAAACAAUUAGAACAAUUUGAUUAGGUUAAGACCAAAUAUAGUGUGUUUAUUAAUUAUCGUACCCGAUGUCAUCAUUGCAAGUAUGCAACCAAUAUCAC